CGAAGAUCGAUCGAUUCCUUUUGAAAAAUAAUUUAGAGUAUUUUAAUAUUUAUUAUUUCAAGUAAUACAAUAUUGUCAUGUCUUUUAAAACAAAGGACGUUACCCUGUCUGAUGACCGACCAAAAACGUUACUCUUGCAAAAACAUUCGGAUUACUUAGCUGGUUACGGUUUGAACAAAGAUGAUUACGAGUUUUGCAUGACGGAGUACCUGCGAAUGUCGGGCAUAUACUGGAGUUUAACAGCUAUGGAACUGAUGGACCAAUCGUCAAGAAUGCCCAAAGACGAUAUCAUAUCAUUCAUCUCAUCCUGUCAAGACAAUGAGAGUGGAGGUAUAUCAGCGAGCAAUGGUCAUGACCCACACAUGCUUUACACACUAAGUGCUGUUCAGGUUCUGGCAAUGUAUGACAGACUAGAUGCCAUUGAUGUGGAGGGAGUAGUCCGUUAUGUGUCUUCACUACAGCAAGAGGACGGUAGCUUUUUUGGUGACAUGUGGGGGGAAGUAGACACGAGGUUCUCGUUCUGUGCAGUCAUGUGCUUGUCUCUGCUUCAGCGGCUGGACGCCAUUGACGUGAACAAAGCGGUCGACUUUGUAUUGAGUUGUAUGAACUUUGACGGAGGUUUUGGAUCCAAACCUGGUUCUGAAAGUCAUGCAGGUUUAAUAUACUGCUGCGUGGGCACGCUCUCCAUCUGCAAGCGCAUGGACGCGCUGAAGGCGGCCGAGCUGGCGUGGUGGCUGUGCGAGCGCCAGCUGCCCAGCGGUGGGCUCAACGGCAGGCCGGAGAAACUGCCCGACUUGUGCUAUUCAUGGUGGGUAAUGUCAUCGUUAUCAAUGCUAAAUAGGAUACAUUGGGUGGACAAGAAAAACUUAGAACAAUACAUUCUAGCCUGCCAAGAUGCAGAGACAGGCGGCUUUAGCGACCGACCGGGGGACAUAACUGAUCCUUUUCACACUUUAUUUGGUUUAGCUGGCCUUUCCUUACUUGGCAACACCAGCAUAAAACGGGUAAACCCCACGUAUUGCAUGCCACAAGAAACCAUAGACAGAUUAAAUUUAGAACCACAGAUACUACAAAUAUAAUUUAUUUUAAAUACGUUUGUAUAAAUUAUAAUAUAUUUAAGUCC